AUGGACAUCACACUCCUGCCAGCUCUGAAAGACUGGAGAAAUCGAGAAGCUGAGACGAGCAGGCCGAGGAGAAGGAGGCUUAUGCACGGAGUGGUUCGCACAGCCCCGCAUCACGUGAUAUGUCGGCUGAACCUUAGUUUCCACAUUUCCAUGAAAGUGGAUAAGGUUAACGUCCUUGCAAGCGCUAUCCUAAUGGCGACCGAAAAAGAAACGCUUCUUGUUAAUCUGAUCAGAGGCCUUAGUAGCGCCAUUCUUAAUUCUAUUUCAGACCUUAUCCCCACGCUCCAAGACAAGACUCAAGCUUCCCAACUAUGUCGAGAAUCUCAGCGCUUGCUGAUAUGGGGCAAUGACCUGGGAAUUAGGGUUGGAGAGGUAGAGAAACUUCUAGAAGGCGAGGACGAGUUGCAAUACAGUAUUGUGACGCUACAUAUGAUGAUUGCCCAAAGCCUAAUCACUGCUGCGGAAGUAACCGCAACAAUUGACCGCCUAUUGCGCCUCGCUCCAUUUUUAGAACAGUAUAUGAAAACAAAAGCCGACGAAACUGUGCCUAAAUCGAACAAUCGCAUAUCAGAAUUAGGUAGAACAGAAGCUGAAGUAUACAUUGACCGUAUACUUACACGGUUUCCACAAGCCUCCCAUGAACACGUUCGAACAAUUGCAGAUUCGAGGCUCUCUCGAAUGAAGGCACUGUACUCGCAGAGUCAUCAAUGUUCUCAUUCAACUAAGGAAUUCGACGCUGAGAGUAAGCUCGAAAUUGCUGGAAGUGAUCACAAAAUUACGUCACAAGGAUCUAUUUCCGACUCAGAAUUAGCAAAAUACUUGGAGUCGAUUGAACAGACCAUUCUUGAUGAUACUGAAAUACCAUUUCCAAGCUUACCGAAAAGCGGUGAAAAGGGAGAUGGGGAAGCCGAUUGUGGUAUAUGUGGCAAGAAAAUACGAAUUGAGCAAGGAACCCGGAAGUGGAGAUCGCAUAUUGUUGAGGACUAUAGGCCUUAUAUAUGCCUUGAAAAACACUGCCCCUAUGGUGUCGCCUUGUUCAGUCAUCUGCUAGAUUUCCACGACCAUUCGAAGGUUUCCCACGGUACAAAAUUACGGUGGACUUGUAAACUCUGCGGAUCAAAAACAUUUGCUGCAAGGUCUCAGCUGCAAUACCACUCAGAAACAGUUCACUAUAUUCCGGCAGAUGCAGCUAUAGGGCUAUGCGAACUGUGGCAAGAAGAAAUUCCCACCCAGGAAGGAGAGACGGAGUGCUUUUUCUGUAGCGAGGGUUAUGGAAGCCAGCCCUAUGCGAGGAUAACUCAUUUGGCUCGCCAUAUGAUAGAAAUCGCUCUACUAAAUCCUGUUCCAGUCCCCGAAAAGGAAACAGCUAACUGGAAACGAUUAAUUGACCCAGAGAUGAGCAGUAGUUUACCUUUACUUCCAAAAUCAAUCCCAGUGGACUACACACAUAAGGCGGAGCUUCAAUCAAGACCUUUUCAUUUUCUUGAAGACACUUUUCCGCUUUCGAAUGUCUCCCCGCGUACUACCGCCGCGGAGGAUUUUAAAGUCGCCGCAACACCGCCGCAGGGAGGGUUGGAAGAACAGAACGAGGCUGACAUACCUCAUAGCCCUGCAACCAGUGCCGGCUUCACCCUGGAAGAGUUACAUAGUGACGACGACGAUUGCCUUAUUCCAUUUCAGCAGCCAACAUCUAUCGAAGAACCCGAUGACCAAGAUCCUACGAGAGUGGCCGAGGAACCGACUCCUAUUAGCAAACUCGAACAUCUUUGCGAUAUCUCAGACGGCUCUGACGAGGAAGAACAACAGCGGGUGUACCGGAGGAAGAAGAAACGUUGGAGUGCCGGCAUAUUCAAACGAAGCUAUAGCCAAAGUGUCGAAGCCGAUUCCGACGAGGACGACUUUGGCGAGUCUCUCGAAUCUCAUGACGUCGGGUCAUCUGCUAGGAGGCUGCGGCGAAGGGUGAGAGGGCCUGGUGACCGCUCAUCGCUUAUAUUUGAGGACAUGGGACUCUCUAUUGCGAAUAAUAUUGCAGAAGUUGAGGAGCCGCAGUCAGAGCGAAUAUAUCUACCAAAGGGGCCACCGUCAAUUCCUUCUGAUGAUGACAAUUUCACAUUAGAUCAGCUGCCUUUCUGGACGGUCUCAGAACCUAUGGACCUGGAAAUUGAUUCGUCGUAG